AUGAUAAAUGAAGAUGUUCCUGAGGUUGUACCUGGUGAAAUAAGUAGUGGAAUGGCUUUUGGAAACAUGCAAGAUUACAAGGAUCAUUUAAGGGAAUAUGCAGUGUUGAAACAUAGGGAUUUUAAGGUGAAGAAGGCACAUAAGAAGAGACACUAUUCUUAUUGUACUUACAAGGAUACCCAAAAUUGUGCUUGGAUGGUGAAUGCAAGAAAGUUACCAGAUGAAGACGAUCCAACAGUCACAGUUAGAGAAUGCAACACAGAACACACCUGUAAGAAUCCGAAUGAAGACUACAGCAGGAAAUGCAAUGCAAAAUUUGUAGCCAAGUAUUUGUUGAAGACAAUGGAUGUUGAUUCACCAGUGGACAAGGCAGCUGAAAUAGCUAACAAGAUCAUUAGACCUCGGUUGCAAACUGACAUACCAAAAUGGGUUGCUAAUAAUGCAAGGAAAUUGGUGCUAGCAGAAAGGAAUGGAACAUUUGAGAGUUCCUACACAAAAGCACCACAAUUGGUCACAGCUGCUACUUCAUUGAACCCAAAUAGCAUUGGUCAUUUCAGUUGGUCCAAAGAGGGUCAAGAUAACAGGUUUGAGAGUGUCAUUGUGGCCUAUGAUGCACAGAUCAAAGGUUUUCUUCAUGGUUGUAGAUUGGUUAUUGUCUUAGAUGGAGCUCACCUGAAUGGUAAGCUAGGUGGUGUGAUGCUUUCAGCAGUUGGUAUAGAUGGCCAGAAUGGGGUAUUUCCUAUAUGUGUGAUGAUUUGUAUGAGUGAAACUGAAGAAAAUUGGUUUAUGAUGUUAAAAGAAUUGAGAAAAAGGAUACCUGAUAUGCCUGGACUAACCUUUAUUUCUGAUAGAAUGAAGGGCAUUCUUGAAUCAGUAAAAAGAUUGUUUCCUUUGGCAAAUCAUAGAUACUGCCUAAGGCAUUUAUACAAGAAUUUCUUGACCAAGGGAUUCAGAAAUCCAAGACUCACACACUUUCUUUGGAAGGCUGCAAAGGCAUACAAGUAUCAUCACUGGGAGGAGGCCAUGCAAGAAAUUGCAGAGAUAAGUUCAGUUGCAUAUCAAUACCUGAUUGAUGCAGAGCCUAAGUCUUGGGCAAGGUCAUGGUUUCCUCAUGAUGUUGCUUGUGAGCACAUCUACUCUAAAUUUUCAGAAAGUUUUAAUAACAUGGCCCUGAAAUUCAGAGACAAGCCUCUCACUCAAUUGAUCGAUAUGUACACACAUUUGGUGAUGGUGUUGUUUUCAAAUAGAAGAAAGCUUGCUGCAACUUGGCAAGCUGGUGACCUUGUUCCUGCUGGGAAAGAUCUCAUUAAGGUGAUGUGUGAUCUUAGAGGUAACUAUGAAUGUGAUCCUUCUAUAGAGCGCAAAGUGUAUGAGGUUACUAACAAAGCUACUAGUAAAGUGUUUGUUGUUCGGGUGGAAGAACAAUCUUGUACAUGUCGACAAUGGCAAUUGAGGAAGUUCCCCUGCAUACAUGGUGUAGUUGCAUUGUUUAAAUUGAAUCCUGAUUGGUCCAAGUACUGCAGUAAAUACUACACAUUAGACUACUAUAGGACCACCUAA